AUUUUCCUGAGACACGUUUCCAUGGAGAAGCGGAAGCGGGGUCCUUCCAGGCAGCUGUCUCCUCCGGCGCCAUUUUCAAAUCCGGUAGCUUUACCGCCGAGAGAGCUGUCUGGCGCCGCCGGAGGAACAGGAAACCAAGGGGGGAGGAGGAGGAGAAAGGAGAGUAAACGACUCUUUAAAUAAAAUGACAAGACCCACCUGACAGCAGCAUUUGGAGGAUAUUUUACGUUAUUUACCAUAAACGGAAUCGGCGGGGAGUCUUCCUUAAAAUCGGCGCCCCAAUAUUGUGGUUGGGGAUUGAUGGGAUUUGAAACCAAAACUGCGAUGCAGGAGAUCUGAUUCUGCGGACUCCGGCCCCGGGAAAGUCUCGUCGCCAUGAGCACCACCGCGGAGAGAAAGUUCAUCAGUCUCAGGAAGCGGCUGGAUCAGCUGGGAUACAGGCAGCCGCUGGGGAUCGAGUCCUUGCCUCUGGUGGAGAAGCUCUUCAGUGACCUGGUGCACACCACAGAAAGCCUGCGCAAUGCCAAGCUCUCGGCUGGGAAAACCGAGAAGGAGAGCAAGAAUCUGGACGCCUUGCUGGAACCCUACAGGACGGAAAACGCGCGUCUAGUGAGGGAGAACAAUGAGCUGCACCUGGGGCUUCUGAAGCUGCAGGAGGAGAAGGACCAGCAGAGCAAAGACCUGAAAGCUGCGGUGAGGAAGCUAGAGCACGAGGUGACGGAUCUGAGGUUCUUGAACAACCAGUAUGUCCACAAAGUGCGGUCCCUGGAGAAGGACGGCAAGGCCAAGACGGAGCGCAUCCAGCAGCUGCAGGAGAAGAACCUGCAGGCCGUGGUGCAGACGCCAGGUGGUAAGAAAAGGACCAUUCCUUUCCGACGGCAGCGGAUGCAGAUAGAUGAGCUCGUUCCCCCCUCCUCAGUCCACGCGCCGCCCGUCUCUCAGCCCCACGACCCGUAUAUCGCCGACCUCCUGCAGGUGGCUGACGACAGAAUUCAGGAGCUUCAGCAGGAGGUGGCCAAACUUGGGCAGGAGCUGGAGAGAGCAGAGGGAGGAAUAAGGCACCUAAACAAACAGGUUGAAGAGCGAGACAGAGAGAUUGAGCGUCUUGGCCGAGCGCUGCAUGGUGGGCGUCCUCACGAUGUCGUCUCCCUGGAGGCACAGAGCCGAAGCAAUGAGAAGCUCAUUGCUCACCUCAAUUUACAGAUUGAGUACCUCCAGCAAGCGAAUCGGGACCUGGAGAGGCGAGUACAGGGGCUGCAGGAGAGGAAACAGAACGCUGCCAGUGAAGUUGCUGAUUUAAGCGCCAGAAAUGAAGAGCUGUGCCAGGAACUCACAGAGAUCGAUCAGCUGGCACACCAGCUGGAAAGAGACAAAGAACUGGUGCUGGAGACGGCUGAUAAGGAGCUUCAGGAAGCCAAGAAAGAGAUCCAGAGGCAGCACAGAGAAAUAGAAGACUUUGAAGAUGCGAUUGCAAAGCUGAAAGCGGAGCUGGCAGAUUGCCAUCAUGACAACGAGAAGCUGCGAGAUGAUCUCCUGGAAAACAAGGAGCAGUGCGCGAAGUUGGAGGGCCUUUCAAACUUCAUGGAAGAGGAGAAACAGAGGCUUCAGGAGAAAAUCGAAAAAAUGACUGAAACUGGUGAGGGAGAGUUUGCGGCCGCCCCCCGCCCCCGCGCAGGUGUCGGCCGGCCGCAUGACGUGCCUCUGGGCUUGCAGGGGGGCAGGUGCGAGGCGGAGCUGCUGCAGGUGGCGAGGGAGCGGGACGAGCUGCAGGCCCUGCUGGACAGGUUCGAGAGGCACAUGGAGGACAUCCAGGCCAACGUCAAGGUGCUCACGGCCGAGAGGGACAAGCUCAGCGGCCUGCACGAGCAGGCCCAGGAAGAACUGAGCAGGCUGAGGAGGGAAGCAGUCAGAUCUCCAAAGUCCCAGACAUCUGUAGCCGUUGCCCAGGCUGUGCUGCAGCGUGUGGAGGAGGAGCGGGAUGAGGGUUUUAUGGCUUGGACUCUGAAACGAAGGGGAACUGAGAUGUGUUUUUUACAGGGUGCUCAAGAAGCAGCUCUCAUUGACAGAGAAGAGGAAGAGAAGCGAGUCCUGGAAGUGGAGAACACGGUGCAGAAACUCGAGAAAGAGAGAUCCGAGCUCAGAUCUCAGCUGAGGGCUUUAAAGGAAACCAAGGCAGCUCUAGAGGAUGAGAUCAAGGCCCAGGCCAGCUUACUGGCACGCACAUCGGAGGAAGCGUCUCUUCACAGGGCAGAGACUGGCUCCUUGAGGCUGCUGAAAGAACAGACGGAGCAGUCCCUUUCAGACGCCCAGCGCCGCCUGUCUGUGAAAGUCAGCGAGCUGCAGAACGCUCACGAGCGGAUCCGACAGCUGGAAGAAAGAAUAGCUGGCUUGAGCAGGCAUGGCUCCUCUCAGCAGGAGGAAGUGGCCGUGCUGCAGAAGACCAUCUCUGCUCUGGACAGGGAGAAGGACAGCCUCCAGCAAACUGUGGAUGAGAAGACCGAGCAGAUCGCAGCCCUGGAGCAUAAUCUCACCAAUAAAGAAAAGGCACUGACCGAUUUGGAGCUCACCGUCUCCGAGAUGGAGAAAUCGCUGGAACCCUGCCAGCUGUUAUCUGAUGUUGCAGGGCACUGUGCCAUUAAUGCGGAGAUGGAAGAAGCUAUGCAUGAAAAGGAUGAAUUAAAGCUCAGGGUCCACAGUUACAUAUCGGAGGUCGCGAGAAUAGAGAGCUUGUUGGCUGCAAAGGAGCAGGAGAACCGGGACAUGCUGGAGAGGUUCCGCCUCGCCCACAGCCAGGUGGAGGACUGGGAGCUGAAGCUGCAGCAGGCGGAAGGGCACAGCAGCUCGAUCCGGCUGGAGCUGCUCUCCGCCGACACCGAGAGGAGACACCUGCGGGAGCGCGUUGGCAACCUGGAGCGAGAGAUUCAGGAGCACAUGAGUGCGCAGCAGGCUUAUGAAGCCCAGAUCACCACUCUGGCCAAAACCAUGUCCAGGCUGGAGGACGAGGUGAGGGCUGCGCACGAAGAGAGGUCCUCGGCACUCGCAGAUCUCGCCUCUGUCCGCGAGCUGUGUGUCAAGCUGGACUCCAGCAAGGAGAUGAUGUCUCGGCAGCUCACUUCUAAAAGCAUGGAGUACGAGAGGGCCGUGGGAGAGCUGGAAGACGUGAAGUCCGAGGCAGAGCUUUUGAAGAAGCAGCUGUCCAGCGAGAGAUUAACCAUUAAGAAUCUGGAAACACUCCUGUCCACCAACCGGGAGAAGGAGUUCCAGAUCCACCUCGGUUCCCACGAGAAGGAAUCGGAGCUGAAGAUCCUCAGAGACAGGCUCACCUUAGCCGACAGUAAAGCAGCAAGCCAGACAAGAGAGGUGGCCCAGCUGAGAAGCAAGGUCACCCAGCUGCAAACCGAACUUGAUGUUCUCAAGCGCCAGCUGACCACCGAACGGUUCGAGAGGGAGAGAGCGGUGCAGGAGAUGCGCCGACAAGGGAUUUCGUUCUCCUCCCUGAGGAGCUCCUCUCCUUUGAGCUCCUCCCCCAGUCCGCGUUCCCGCUCUCCGGAGCGCUCAGCGCUCAGAUCGCCAGAGCACGCAGCCGAGAGGUCCCUAGAAAAAAGUGUGAGCUUUAAAGAAUGAAGAAUACGAAGGCCCAGGGGUCAGCUCUCAAAUCAUGCUUGUCCACUUUCUGCCACUGUUCCUGAUCAGCUCCUGCUACUUACAGUCCUAGUCAUUAUAAAAACAUUCAUGUCUCAAACACUAAUGAUUUCAGUCCCAUAAAUGUUUGUUAAAACCCUUUUAAAUGCAUGUAGGAUUUAUAUUGUGUGUCUUUUAUAUGUUUGAAAUAAGGUGAGUGAGACAUUUUUUAUAAUUAAUUUCAACACACUCUGAAAUUGGUUAAACAGAAUGAAAUCAGUGCAGCUGUAAUGGUGCUGUCAGAAAGUUAUUACAUGAGAUGUUCGCCAAAGGUGACCUUGAGAGUCUCGCUGAGAGUGCAGAUUUCAUGUCUGUUGCUUUAAUAAUCCGGUGGCUGAAAAUCUAAGCCUGUUGUCUAAACAGCAUGAUCUUGGAAAAGUCCGCUAGUGGCAUUUAGCAAUAUGUUAUAAAACAAAUGCUACACGAGACGUAACUUUUAAAGACGCUUGCCCUACCCACUUCUUUCUCAGAACGUGCUUUUCUCUGUGGGAACUUCAACAGGGUACUGCCUGGUGAUGCAAGCAUGCCAUAUUUGCGGUCAAUAUUUCCUGUAAAAGUUGAAUUGUUACUAUCUAAUCUUGUACAUGACUUUGUGAUGUAAAUCUGAUUAUUUAUACAAAUAAAUUAACUUUUCAUAA